AUGCUAAUCACUCUACUUCUCGCUAACAUCGGUUUUAUUAUCGGUGCAGCGACCCGAAUGGAUAUCACAACGUUGGGUCGAAGGUUAAAAAAUGUCACAGCGACUCUGGACGAUUAUCCAGAUUACGAUAGUGAAGAACCUCGACGAGUUUCAUUACCUCCUCGUGCUGUUGAGGAUUCGGAAACGGCAGCGAAUACACCUCCUGGACAAGCCGCUGAAAAAACUCUUCGAAGACGACCGCAAAUGCGGAAAUAUACGGGAUUGCAAAUGAGACAAUUUCCGGAUGGACAACAGGCACCCCCCGUAGAAGUCCCUCCAGUGAACUACGGUGCAGAGAAAGGUCCAUACGGUUGGCGAGGAGAAAGUGCAGGUUUUGUACCUCAUCAACAAUACGAGAUUCCGAAUCCAAAACAACAACACGCGAAUCUAGGACCGCCGCCGGAGCAACGCGUACUCUACAGCAACAAUGCUCCACAACAGAUUCCAGCUCCACCACAGCAUAUGCCGGCUGCACUGCAGCAGAUUCCAGUUCUACCACAGCAGAUUCCACUUCCACCACAACACGUACCGGUUCCACCACAACACGCUCCAGCUUCACCACAACACAUUCCAGCUUCCCUCGGAUAUUCCUAUGCUGGAUAUAUUGAACGUCAAGCAAAACGCUAUCCGAUCAUGAUGUACACGCUUGUUCAAUGUGUUCCCUGUCAAAAGGCGAAGCAUCUACUAGCAGUUAGUUAUGCGGACGUAGCUGCACAUUUCUUAGAGUUUGCUGGUCAUGAGGAUUGGCAUCGUCAACUGGCUGUGGACCUUAUUCGAAUAACCGGACAAGAGACAUUCCCAUACAUUUUCGUUUGUGGACAAAAUGUUGGAGGUGCCUCAGACUUGUUCCAACUUCAUCAAAGCGGACAGCUGAGAUCAACGCUAAACAACUGUACCUGA